UGAUGAGAUUGGUGUGAUCCCAUGUCCAGAAGCCCGCUACAACCGCAGUCCCAUCGUGUUGGUGGAGAAUAAGCUGGGUGUUGAGAGCUGGUGUGUCAAAUUCCUGCUGCCAUAUGUGCACAACAAGCUGCUGCUCUACCGCCAGCGCAAACACUGGCUCGACAGGGAAGCUUUAGUGGAUAUCACCUGCACUUUGUUGCUGCUUAACCCGGACUUCACCACUGCAUGGAAUGUCAGGAAGGAGCUCCUGUUGUGCGGCGCUCUUAACCCAGAGAAGGACCUCUACCUGGGCAAGUUGGCCCUCACUAAAUUCCCCAAGAGCCCAGAGACAUGGAUACACCGGAAAUGUGGAGAAAAAGAGAGGGAUGGAGGCUGAACCUAAGUGGUACAUGCAUUAACCAUUUGGCCACCUAGACGCAAGCACCCUGUUCUGCACUAAACACUGUAAUUGUCACUUCCACAUAUUAAAGUGAUUAGAAUGUUAUGGCUGAUACAAUUGGUAGCUGAGCAGAGUUAUUUAUGUCAGUGAGUCAAAAUGCUUAGCUCACAUGAUUCAUGCAGAUUCCAAUUUUUCCAAGCUGAUUAUAUUGUCUUUUUCGAACAAAUAGUUCCAGGAACGGGAAAGACAUACAAUAAAGGUCCCCCUGCAAUCAAACCAUGGACUUUGCAGUUAUGCGGCAUGCACUGUAACCAUUCAGCAACCACGAUACACCAAUGCACACAUUUUUUUCAAUUUUUUUUUUAGAUUAUUUAAGGCUAAAUCUUUGUUUUUAAUAAAUAUUACAAGAAUGGUCCACCACUGAUUCUACCGUUAAUCUUACCUGUGACCAGCACCUUCUUAUUUUAUGAAUGAAGCUGUUCAAGUUAUAGUAGCCUCAAGUUUUGUGUUUGACCAAUCAGAAAUGUUCAGCCUUGUAAAAGUUGCCCCAAUAGCCCCUGCACCAUCAAAAAGCAUUACAGCCAGAGCAGGGACUAUUUUGGAUCCGGGAACUAUGGCUGACAGGUAAGGUUCUUUGGUUUGUAAAUUGGUUCCUCGGCCAAUGGAAAAGUUCCUGUGGUGGAUUGAUGUACGGGUUGGGGUUAGAUAGCAUUUUAUCAAAUUCGAAUCUAGUGUCAAAUCCAGUUAUGAAAUCCUUUCAGAUUUCUUAUUGAAUCUCAUUAAGUUUAGCUUUCAUCAUUUGCCAGUGACUGACGUUACAAAUAACUGCAACUCAAACAGUCAGUUAGG